AUGAUCUAUUUAACAUUUAUUAUAUCAAUAUCUUCAAUGGAAACUGAAUAUUUAACAUCACGUACUGAACGCGAUACAUUUAAUGAACGAGAAAAACUUGUAUCAACUUAUAAAAUAGUAUCGAAAACACAAUGUCUAUUACAAAUGCGUUCAUUUGAUGGUUAUGUUUAUGCUAAACAUAUUACUAAUCUAUAUGAUUCAAAAGAAACUAACAAUGGUAUUUUUUUAUUUUUUCCAAUUGCUGUGAAUCUUUUUCUAAUCCAACAUAAAGAAAGUAAACGUUAUUUAUGUGGUCGAGAUAAUCAAUUAUUUGGUCUUUUUCAACGAAAUGAACGAGAAUGUUUAUUUGAAACAAAACGUUCAGAUAUUGAUUUUGGUCAUUGGGAUUCUUAUCGACUUUUUUAUGAAAAUUCAAAUCAUGGUUAUCUAUCAAUAUCACAUACAUGUUAUACAAGAUUAAGAAGAAAAUAUUCUAAUGAUAAUCAUUUAGAUUUUCUUGCUUUUGUUCGAAUUAAUACAGAUAUAUCUAUUAAACAUAAAAGUUAUACAAAUUUAAAAUCAUCAAAAUUUAUUAAUAAUUAUCGACAAUUAUUUAUAAAAUAUUUUAUAGCUUAUAUUAACAAACCAACAUGUAGACAGAAAAGAACUCGUUGUUCAUAG